AAACAAAGGGCUACUCAUACUUAGUUGGGUGUCCCUCCAAACCCGGUUUGAUAUAAAACCAUCGAUCCCAACCGACUACUUGCAGCAUUCUUCUUGCAGCUUCGCCAUCGAAGCUACACCCCGACACGAAAAAGCGGACAGGAUCCUAACGGAAGCGAUCGUUUUGGUGGAUCGACCAUUCUUCUCUUCACCAUGAUCAGUGUAAACGCGCUCGCGUGCUGCCUAGUGGGCAUUUGGUUCCUUACGCUGGGCGCGCACACCAUCGAAGGAAAAGAUUUGCCCAGCAGCUUCGAGAAGUGCCACCGAAACGAUCCCCAGUUCGAUCAGUGUCUGCGGAGUGCGGUUAACGGUGCAAUACGGCUGCUGAAGGAUGGGCUGCCCGACUUUGGCAUCCUGCCGCUGGAACCGCUCGCUGUCGAUUCGCUGGUCAUUGAGCAGGGUGAACCAUCGUCGCCGAUCAAGCUGAAGCAGCAUUUCACAAACGUUCGGUUAAGUCAUCUUACCGAAUCGACCAUCCUGAAGUAUCGAACGGACCUCAAAAAACUCAUCAUCAAGGCGGAAGCGAUCACGCCGCAGGUACAGUUUGCCGGCAACUACACGAUGGACGGGCGGAUACUGGUGCUGCCGAUCACGGGCAAAGGGUUGGCCAACAUUACGCUGCACCGGUUGAAGACACACCACGAGCUGAUUGGCGAGCUGGUGGAGCGGAACGGUGAGCAGUACAUGCACAUACGAAAGUAUUUGGUGCACUUUGAGCCAAAGCUGGUCACGUUUCAGUUUGGGAAUCUUUUCAACGGCGAUGAAAGGCUCGGGAAAACCAUGCACCAAGUGCUGAACGAUAACUGGGAGGUCGUGUUCCGGGAGCUGCGCAGCUCGUACGAGGACACGUUUGGGUACAUCUUCAAAAAGAUUUCCAAUCAAAUCUUCCUCAAGGUACCGAUGAAUAAAAUAUUCCCGCAGUAGUAGUUAGUGAAGCGUUA